AUGAAGACUAUCAUUGUUCUGUGCGUUGGCGUGUUUGCCUUGGCUUCGGCGGCCAUCAGCCGGAUCCCCAUCGACUAUUCCCAGGUGAAGCCCCUGUGGGAGAUCCCCUCCUGGCAGGAGCGUAACCCCGCUCUCAUGGAGAUCGUGCGCGCCCGCCAGCAGCAGGGAGUCGACGUCAGAGGAGGCCCGAAUGGACGCAUCGUCGGCGGAACCUACGCCCAGCGCCACCAGUUCCCGUAUCAAGCUGGAAUGUUCCUUCACCUGGCUGGCGGCACUGGAUUCUGCGGUGGAUCCCUGCUGUCUCGCAACUACGUCCUGACUGCUGCUCACUGUCUGGACGGUGUCAACUCCGCUGUCGUCGUUCUGGGCGGUCAUCACAUCCACGAUAACAACGAGCCCGGAAGGCAGGAGAUCUUCUCCGAGGGACACACAUUCAGACUCUACCCAGGAUGGGACGCCGCUGUCGUCCGCAAUGAUUUGGGCACGCUGCGCCUCGAACACUCAGCUGAGUAUGUUCCUGGUGUCGUGAACAGCGUCCGUCUGCCCAACUUCCGUCAGGUAGACAACACCUUCGCUGGCCAGAUGAGCAGCAUCAGUGGCUGGGGACGCUUCAACGACUCUAGCAACGAUAUCUCUCCCACUCUCCGCUACGUGCGCCUGCCCAUCAUCACGAAUCUGGCCUGCACCAUCCGCUGGCCCGGCAUCAUCCAGCCAUCCAACAUCUGCGCCGAUGGAGCCAACGGCGGUCCCUGCAAUGGCGACUCCGGCGGCCCUGUGAGCGUCAUCGAGGCUGACGGCGUCACCACUCAGGUCGGAAUCGUGUCCUUCGGACUCGCCCUCGGCUGCGAACUCAACUGGCCAAGUGCACACGCUCGUGUCACGUCCUUCCUCGAUUGGAUCGACGCGAACACCGAUCAUGAAAUCCAGGAAAACUGGUGA